AUGGAUUACGGGGACAUUUACAUAGCAGAAGAGACAGAAUGGGAUAAAUUAAACCGUCAGCUAACGAAAAAUCAGGAUGAUUUUGACGUCUGGGAAGCAUUGAUUCGUGCAACCGAGACAAUAGAAGGAGGAAUUGAUAGAAAUUCAUCAAAACAAACUAUAAAUACACUUCGAAGCGUCUACGAUAGGUUCUUGACAAAGUUCCCUUUGCUAUUUGGCUAUUGGAAAAAAUAUGCAGACUUUGAGUUUUUUGUUGCCGGACCAGAAGCUUCUGAAAAGGUGUACGAAAGAGGAAUUGCUGGGAUCCCUUACUCGGUAGAUCUCUGGGCAAACUACUGUGCAUUCAAAAUGGAGACCAAUCAUGAUCCAAAUGAAGUUAGAGAAGUAUUCAUGCAGGGAUCCGAGAUGAUUGGAUUGGAUUUCCUUUCGCAUCCAUUUUGGGAUAAAUAUAUAGAAUUUGAAGAAAGGCAAGAAAGAGCUGAUCUCGUCUACCAAAUCCUGGAACGACUUGUCCAUAUCCCUUUGCAUCAGUAUGCGCGUUACUUUGAAAGGUUUGUACAAGUCUCACAAACUCAGCCAUUGCAGCUCCUUCUGCCUCCCGACGUCUUAGGUUCUGUGCGAACAGACGUUUUGCGUGAACCCCCAGAAGUUGUCAGUGCAGGAUCGAAACAGAUUACGGUCGAAAGAGGCGAACUAGAAAUUGAGCGGGAGAUUCGUGCUAGAAUUUACAACAUUCAUUUGCAAAUAUUUCAGAAAACCCAGAUAGAGGUUGCUAAGCGUUGGACAUUUGAAGCCGAAAUCAAGCGCCCUUACUUUCACGUUAAAGAGUUAGAUGAACCACAAUUGGUAAAUUGGAGAAAGUACCUUGAUUUUGAGGAAAUAGAAGGAGAUUUCUGUAGAAUCUACUAUCUUUACGAAAAAUGUUUGGUUGCUUGCGCUCUUUACGAUGAAUUUUGGUUCCGAUUUGCUCGGUGGAUGCUUUCCCAACCUGAUCAUACAGAGGAUGUUCGCAUUAUUUAUGAGCGAGCUGCCUGUAUAUUUGCGUCUAUAUCUCGACCAGGAAUUCGGAUACAGUUUGCAUUAUUUGAAGAAUCUUUAGGAAAUAUUGCUUCUGCUAGGGCAAUCUACCAAUCCGUUUUAACUCAGCUUCCAGGAAACCUCGAAGCAGCUUUAGGUUGGGCUAAUCUUGAACGGAGAGUCUCUAGGGAAACUGGUUUAACAAAUGCACAUGCUGUUUUAAGAAGUAUAGUCAAUGAGGGUGGUUGCGACCCUGGCGCCGCCGCAAUAUUAAUUACGGAAGAUAUAAAAUUAGUUUGGAAAAUUGAAGGAAACGAUGAAUUAGCUAGAAAUAUGUUUUUACAGAAUGCUCCGGCCAUGCUGGAUAGCCGAUAUUUUUGGAUUUCUUAUCUUCGUUUUGAACUUGAACAACCUUUAACCUUGGAAAACGGAAGCGAUCAUCAUAGUAGGGUUUCUGCUGUCAUGAAGUUCAUAAAAUCCCAUACGAGAUUAGCUCCUCGUACGGUAAUGGAUUUGACAAAAAUCUACAUGGAAUAUUUAAACUAUCGUUCUACAAGUCCUAAUGCUAUAUCAGAAUACCUUUCCUUGGACCGGGAAACUUUUGGCCCUUUUUCUGUACGCGAAACCCAUUGGAAAAAGCUUGUUGAAGGAGAAGACACUAAGCAAGUAAGUGCCAAACUAUUGAGCGUAAAUGGACAUCCUGGUGUUGAUGUCAAUGAUGCGAAAGUUAAGGCAGGAGAGUCUCCUUAUGAAAAAUACUAUCGUAUGCAAGGAGUUGCUGAAACUGUCCCAGCGAACUUUUUAUCAAACGGAACCGUGGCUCCCGCGACUGUCCCUUAUAUGCAAUAA